GUUGAAAUUUCUGUGCCUUUGAAGAGCUUGCAAUCCUUCUGACGCCGACCCCAAGCGCCGUCAUCAUGGGUGCCACUGCCUCAACCCAGGCCACAGGCCGUCUCAUGAGCACCAUCGUUCAACAGCCAACCGCAGAUUCCAGCUAUGUCGUGCGCCAUCGCGAUUUUGGCGAGAAGCUCCUGGACCACGCCAUCCAGGAUCGCCCCGAUCUCGACACAGUCUACAAGAUCUUUGCUUGGUCUGCCGAGGAGCGCAGCGAGCGUCCUUUCAUGGGCACCCGCGCCAAGCUGAGCGAUGGUUCGCGUGGUGACUACGAAUGGAUCACCUAUGCCCAGGCCAUUGAUCGUGUGGAUACCGUGGGCAACGCUCUUGUAGCCGCAGGUGUCAAGGCAAACGACGCCGUUGGCGUCUUCUCCAUCAACCGCGAGGAAUGGGUGACCACCCUCCUCGCCAUUCAGCGCGCCGGCAGCGUCUGCGUUCCCCUCUAUGACACCCUUGGUGCCGAGGCCGUCAACUACAUUGUCAAGGAUGCCAAGAUCGAGACUGUUCUUGUCUCGGGUGACAACUUUGACAAGCUGAUGGAGAACAUCAAGGAUUGCGAUGCUGUCCACACUGUCGUCUGUUUUGAUACCAUUUCCGAUCAGCAGCGCAAGGAUGCCGAGGGACACGAUCUGAAGCUUUAUACCUUUGAAGAAUUCUGCACCCUUGGUCGCCAAAACAAGGUGGCCCCCACCGAGCGCAAACCGGAAGACCUCAUGUACAACAUGUACACGUCGGGCACGACUGGCAACCCCAAGGGUGUCCUGCUCAGCCAGCGCAACUUUCUCAGUACUGUCGGCUCGCUCUUUGCCAUUGGUGUUGACAUCAACGAGAACGACGUCUACCUCAGCUAUCUGCCCCUGGCACAUUGCUUUGAGGCCCUUGUGGUUAUGGGCUGCAUCUGUGCUGGUGCCUCGCUUGGUUUUUACCAGGGCAACGUGCGCCUCCUCACCGACGACAUCGCGGCCCUGCGCCCAACCAUCUUUGUUGGCGUGCCUCGCGUGUACAGCCGCAUCUAUGACAAGAUCCAGCAAACUAUCGAGGGCUCGAGCACCCUCAAGCAGCUUAUUUUCAAAACAGCCUACGAUUAUCAAUUGGCCCAUGUCAACGCGGGCACCCGCAGCGGCUUUUGGGACGCGCUCGUUUUCAACAAGAUCAAGGAACGCCUUGGCGGCCGUAUUCGCAUCAUGGCUACUGGCGCUGCGCCCAUGCCUGCGCACAUCAUGGACUUUUUGAAGGUUGCCUUUGGCUGUGCCGUGUUCCAGGGCUACGGCAUGACUGAAAACGCGGCUGGUGCCGUGGUCACUCCCGUGGAUUACAUCAACAACGCCGGCAAGGUCGGCGAGCCUCUGCCGGCCUGCGAAGUCAAGCUGGCUGAUGUGCCAGAGAUGAACUACCUCCAUUCGGACACACCCUACCCACGUGGUGAGGUUUGCAUCCGUGGCCACAACGUGUUCCGUGGCUAUCACAAUCUGCCCGAUAAGACCAAGGAGGCCCUUGAUGAGGAUGGCUGGCUGCACACGGGUGAUAUCGGCCAGUUCCUUGAGGACGGUGCUCUCCAGAUCAUUGAUCGCAAGAAGAAUAUUUUCAAGCUGGCCCAGGGUGAGUACGUGGCUGCUGAAGAGCUCGAAGGCAUCUUCAAGAAGUGCAAAUACGUAGGCCAGAUCUGGAUUUACGGCAACAGCUUCCAUACGACUUUGAUUGCUGUCAUCGUGCCCGACCCCGAUACGAUCAUGCCGUGGUGCAAGGAACAGGGCAUUCAGGGUGACUUUGCCACUGCCACCAAGGAUGAGCGCGUCAACAAGCUUUUCCUCGAAGACAUUCGCCGCAUCGCAAAGGCAGACAAGGUGGCCAGCUUUAAAGUCCCACAGGACAUUAUCGUCGAGAGUGAGAUUAACGAGCUGAACCAGGGCUUCUCCACCGAGAACGACUGCUUGACGCCCACCUUCAAGCUGCGUCGCCCUCAGCUCAAGAAGCGCUAUGAGAAGCAAAUCGACGCCAUUUAUAUCAAGCGUGAUGGGUGCAAGUGAGCCCGUUUUCACGCCUAUCAGGCCACCACAUACCUCCCAUCAGCCAAAAGGUCGAUUUUUUGGACACAGCACAACAAACGAUUUGGGUGGAAGGCUGAUAUUGCUUUCGCCAGCUUGGCCGGUUUUUUUUUACGGUGCUACCCCUGGUUCCGUUCCAAUUUGCCAAGGUUUUUUUUUCUUUUCUUUCUCUUCAUAGUUGGUUUCUCGUGACUUGCGUUUUCGUUCUUCGCUUUGAUGUCUGAAUGACAAAUUCAGUUUUGUCUUUG